AUGCCACAUGUCCAACUUCAGCAAUCUCUCUUCCGGUCAGCUACCACCACCGCCGGCCAGCUACUGCCGCCGUCGCCGGUCAACCACCACCACAUGCCGCCGGCCAACCUCCUUCGGGGCAACUGCCACCACCGCCGCCACCGGCCAGCCACCACAGCCGCCGCCGGUCAACCCCCUUCCGGCCAGUUGCCACCACCACCGACCAGCCGCCGCUACCUACCGCCACCGCCCAUCACCGGCCAACCACCGCCACCUGUUGCCGCCCAUCUCCGACCAACCGGGGACUAA